CGUGAAGAGAAAUACGAAGACAAAGCGAAUAUCGAAGCUUUGUUGCUCUUGUUUGCAGGUGAGAACUCGAAAGAGGAAAACACGAGAAAGAGCGACCCUCACUCAGUCUACUCCUUCAACCAUCUCGUACACAGCUAUUCUUCACUCUUUCAUGCACAGAUUGGGGAGUGUUUUGAAGUUAAUAAAUCUGCUUUUACCAUCAUCAGAUUUUAACACCAUGAGCGCAAGAGAGAUAAGGUUAGAAAUAUGAGGCCUUUCUCUUUUUCCUUUUGAAGGUUACAGAGGACAAAUAAUAGAAAAGACAAAACAAUACAAAGAUGUUUUCAUUGUUUUAUGGACUUUGGAAAUACAUCUUUAGUAAGACGGAGCUUCAUGUUCUUAUUCUUGGCAUCGACAAGGCUGGGAAAACGAGUCUGCUGGAGAAGUUGAAGGCACAAUACUUAAACUUGGAGGGCCUAUCUCCCGAUAGAAUUGUUCCAACUGUGGGACUCAAUAUUGGUCGUAUUGAAGUGUCAAAUACGAAGCUUGUGUUCUGGGACCUUGGAGGCCAGCCUGGCCUUCGUUCAAUUUGGGAGAAAUACUAUGAAGAGGCACAUGCUGUAAUAUAUGUAGUUGAUGCUGCCAGCCCAUCGCGCUUUGAAGAUUCAAAAUCUGCCCUUGAAAAGGUUCUUCGGCAUGAGGAUCUGCAAGGAGCCCCUCUUUUGAUAUUGGCAAACAAGCAGGAUCUUGCUGAGGCUGUCUCAGCUGAAGAACUCGCUCGGUACCUAGAUCUUAAAAAGUUGGAUGAAAGGGUUUACACAUUUGAAGCUGUUUCGUCAUAUGACGGGAUGGGAAUUAAAGAAAGUGUAGAAUGGCUUGUGGAGGUUAUGCAUAGAAGUAAAAGAACUGAAAUGUUGAGAGUUCGUGCGGGUUUAAUGAACCCUGGUUCAGCUUAGAAGAGAUUAUAUCAAUUUACAUUUUAUUGUGCACCACAUUUGCUUGUAACUUUUGUAAGUAAAUCAGGGUUCAACUGUGAUCCUACGCAAUGUAACUUUGAUCAAUUGAUUACAUCUUCAGCCAAGUAAUUUUGAGAAAUUUAUUUGAAUAAUAA